AUGAAAGCUUUGGCUCGAAGUUAUGUUUGGUGGCCCAAAAUGGAUGCAGACAUUGAGAAACUCUGCAAGUUAUAUAUUGGUUGCACCAACACACAAAUAAUGCCUAAUGCGUCUCCAGUUCACCCAUGGGAUUGGCCAACAAGUCCUUGGCGACGAAUACACAUAGACUUUGCUGGGCCUUUCCUGCAGUUGAUGUUUUUGAUUGUUGUAGAUGCUCAUAUCAAAUGGCCAGAAAUAAUUCCCAUGAAGAAUACCUUUGCAUCACAAACAAUUAUAGCACUUCGAAACAUAUUUGCACGAUUUGGACUACCCGAACAGGUAGUAUCUGAUAAUGGUCCUCAAUUCAUCUCAAGCGAGUUUGAGACCUUCAUGAAGAGAAACAAUAUUAAACACAUAACUUCGGCACCCUACCAUCCAAGAACCAAUGGUCUGGCAGAACGGUUUGUACAGUGUUUCAAGAAUGCAAUUAAACAUGCAAAGAAUGAUGGUAAUGACUUAAACCAAAAGCUGAAUACCUUCCUGUUACAAUAUCGAAAUACUCCCUAUGCCACUACAGGAGAAUCACCAUCAGUCCUGAUGUUUGGAAGAAGACUUAGGACUCGCCUGGAUACUUUAAAACCGGAUAUCAGAAAAACUGUGCAACAGUCUCAAGAUCAGAUGAAAAGAUCGGAGUUGUCUGUGCGUGAUUUUAAAGUCGGCGAAACUAUUAUGGUUAGGGAUUACCGCAACAGCAAUAAAUGGAUUCCAGCUACGAUCAGUAGAAAAACUGGUCCAAUAUCCUAUCAAGUUGAUGUUGGACGCAACAUAUGGCGACGUCAUGCUAACCAAAUUCAGCCCAUCAUUUCCAGAAAGAAAUGGUAA